AUGCAAUCCAACACCAAUCCAGCCAUCGACACGCGCGUGCCGUAUCGUACAGGAUGGCCAAUCCUUCCCGUUCUUCCGGUAGAAGAAUCCCAUGCGGAAAUAACCACCUAUUUUCGCAACCCAGGAUCCGUAGAAUUGGAGAUCUGCUCCAUUCUGAAAAAACACUCGUUGAACCACCAUGAUUUCGGGCUAUGCCACCGUCUGAACAAAGGCGUCCCACUGGACGGGCAGAGACCAACCAUGCGCAUUAUUUCCGAAAAGGAGACAGACAGCAAGGAGGCAAGAAUCAAGGCAGUUGAAGAGAUCAAGUGUCUCUUUGAACGAGAGAACGCAGACGUCGCGGUCGAAAUUAUCCUCAGUGAAGCGUACGUGGGUUUCGACACAGACAUCAUACUUUCGACCGAACGGGAUCUAAUCCUGCAAUGGAAGAGUCUUUGGACGAAGAUCGAAAAAACGAUUGCGAUUCACGAUUAUUUGACUCUGGACCUCGUCCGCCGUGGAGAACAAAAUCGUCCCACUUUUCUCAUCGGAGCUCGAGACGCGAAUGACGAAUCGUGGUGGUCCACCACACUCCCCAUGCUACGGAAAAUGGUGCCUGCAGAUAUAGAUCUGGAACUCUGCUUCUUGGACUCGGUCGAAUUGACUGGUAGCGCGCGCCGUGACUCUGUGGAUGAUUGUUCUUACCUGUCCAUCGGGGCAUCGUGCGGGAAUAGAGGUGGGACGCGUGCCGGAACGCUGGGCGGAUUUGUGGAGCUAGAAAGAGAUGGCAGGCCCUUGGGGCAAUUUGGGGUCUCAAAUUGCCAUGUAUUGGGCAAGGGCAUUAUACAAGGUGUAUCAGACCUGUCAGUCGUCAGUCCUGCCGAUAAGGAUCACAACAAAGCGGUCAGUGACGCACAGCUUGAUAUCGACAAGAAGUACGAUCGUAUCAAAGACCUCAUCAAGACAAUAACGGAUAUUCCAAGCAAAAUUCCUCUGUUAGAACUCCAAUUGGACCGUCUACAUCUGCGCAUGCGUGAUGCAAUGACGGUACUGCAUCUAAACAGGAGGAUUGGAGAUCUCUUUGCCUGGCAAAUGCAGACAACUAAGAACGAUACCUUCGACGAAAACUAUCGUAAAUUGCUUGAGUCGGAUUCCAUGCACGACGAUACAUACCGCUGGGCGCUUGACUGGUGUCUGGUUCGGUUGGGAAUGCCACAGGAGCGGUGUAUCGACAACAAAGCUCUCAUGCCUGAUGAGAAUGGGAAAUUGGGAAUCUAUGCUCCAGUAACCGAAUACUGCGAGAUGGAUCCCACAGAGAAUUACGAUGUCGUGAAGUAUGGAAGGACUUCAGGCCGCACUCUGGGUGUCGUAUCUGCAGUCCCGUCGGUAGUGAGGCUGACCGCGAAUACAACGGACAAAUUCGGUGCACCGACUUUGUGUCGCAGCAUUGUAGGCAACAAACGCCACACAAAUCUGUUCCUAGAGCCCGGUGAUUCGGGCUCGCUGGUGCUGCUGAAUCGGAGAGGCAAGCGAAACGCGCAGAUCGUUGGACUCGGGUUCGGCCGCAACUACCAGAUAUCGUACAUGCAGCCCAUGGACCUAGUGUUGCGUGCGAUGGAGAAAAAGACCGGGGCCAAGGUUACUAUGCCUACGUUUGCAGGUCUCGCUACAUCAUCUCAGGAUCAAAGAAGGCCAGCAAAUUCAAAGGCUUAGACCAUCUACGCUGGGAGUCUC